CCGGGGGAGGGGCGUCGUGACGUCUUUCCGGCGAGUGGCUGGCGGCCUUCGCUCCUGCUGUUGUGUCGGCGGGCUGAGGGAGAGGGAGGCUCGGAGCCGCCGGAGCCGGAGCCGCCGCCCCAGGAGUCGCAGGCGGGCCUGAUUGAGCUACAAUAAUGUCGUUCAUCUUUGAGUGGAUCUAUAAUGGCUUCAGCAGUGUCCUGCAGUUUUUAGGACUCUACAAGAAAUCUGGAAAACUUGUGUUCUUGGGUUUGGACAACGCAGGCAAAACAACCCUUUUGCACAUGCUCAAAGAUGACAGAUUGGGCCAGCAUGUUCCAACACUACAUCCAACAUCUGAAGAACUGACAAUUGCAGGAAUGACUUUUACAACCUUUGAUCUUGGUGGACAUGAGCAAGCUCGGCGGGUUUGGAAAAACUAUUUACCAGCAAUUAAUGGAAUCGUCUUUCUGGUGGACUGUGCAGAUCAUCCUCGCCUCCUGGAAUCCAAAGUUGAACUCAAUGCACUAAUGACAGAUGAAACAAUAUCCAAUGUGCCAAUCCUUAUUUUGGGCAAUAAAAUUGACAGAUCAGAUGCCAUCAGUGAGGAAAGACUCCGGGAGAUAUUUGGGCUUUAUGGACAGACCACAGGAAAGGGAAAUGUGCCCCUGAGGGAGCUGAAUGCCCGCCCCAUGGAGGUGUUCAUGUGCAGCGUGCUCAAGAGGCAGGGUUACGGCGAGGGUUUCCGCUGGCUCUCUCAGUACAUUGACUGAUGUGGGGGCAGUGAAAAUAAAAGCCUUUUACUUCUCUGGACUGAUCCUGUUCACAGCUUCCUCGUGGACUUUUCUCUUAUGACAUGGAAAGCUCUCCGACCACAUCCUGGUGUUGGGAAAGCCAGGAGGAGCCUUGGCCAGCUCAGUGACGGCCCAGUGGUGAAACUUGUUCUUUUCUACCCUGUGGGGGGAGCGGAGCGCCCCCCUAGGGGCUGAGCAGAGCUGGCUCAUGCUCUCUGGGGCUCUCACCUGCUGGGGCGCUUUGCAGGGGAAGCUGAAAAGAACAAUUUUUCUCACCACUGUAGUCAAUAGAAAAAAAACAAUUCUAUUUUUUAAAAGAAGUGUUAUCAGUGUAAUCCGUGUCCCUUCCAACUUCUUUAGUUAACAUUCACUUGUUUAGUCCAGAGUCUAUAUUAGGGUUGGGUUUUUUUUUUUUAAUCUAUUUAAUGGCAUUUAGAUAUUUUACAAAAAUACUGAGCAAAUAUAUUUGAGACCUACAAUAAAUCUAGGUUGGGGUGUGGCUGCCUGUAGGUCACUUGGCUCUGUUGGACUGGGCAGAUUCUGGAUCAGGUGCUUUCAUGACCCAGUAGUUUUAGGGAGAUCUCAUCUUGAUGAUUGCCUUGUCUUAGAUGAUGCUGGCUUGAAGUAGUAGGAGAAGGGCAACAUCUUGGUGUUCAGUUUUGUCAACUUCCUCCAGCAGUGGAGUAGGGUCACAAUUCUUCUAUCAGAGGGGCUGAUCAUUUGCAAAAAAAUAAAAAAUAAAAAUUAGAAAAGUGCACAACAUUCAACUUGCUUAUGGUAAAAAGGUUAUAAAUUUAAGCCAGAUUCUGCUUUUAUACUUCCUUGAAUUUUCACUUCUGUCUGUAGCACUUUCUUUCCUGAUUUUCUGUUAUUAAAAAAAAAACAAACAAAAAAAAAAACUUAAUCCUCUCCAGAAAACAGUGGGACCAAAACCAAACAUUCUGCUUCAUUUCAUGUUGCAGCUGUCUUACCACUUUUGCACACAAGUUAGGGAACUAUCUUCCAAAAGCAACCAAAACAUGGAAGAGAGUAUUGACAACUUGAGAUAACCCAAUUUUCCAUUGACUAAGAACUGCAUCUGCUUGGUUAGCCAGAAAAGCUAACUUGGGUUGAACUUGGAUAUGGACUAACUUACACAAAUUGGGUUCAUAGGCUGUUCCUGAGAUUAUUUCUUUCCCACAAUUUACCCCCCUUUUCCUAUUGGAAAUCUGUUUUUGAGGGUUUAAUGUCCAUAGCUUAACCAUUCUGUCAGCUUAGCAGCUGAUCUUGAACUGGUGUCACCCACUGUCAGAAGCGAAAUGCUCUGGUAAUGUUGAAGCCAAUGGCUUCCCAUUUCUUUAAUAUCUUGUGAAACUGGGCAUCUCAACUGAUUUUUAGCUCCUUGGCAUUAGAACCAAAUUAACUGUCUCAAGACAAAACCCAUUUUUACCGAUUGUCUAAAAUGUAUUCCUACCCAACAUUGGAAGCUGCAGUGAUGUUAUUUAGCAGGGCCUAGACUAUUAGGCUGAUGAGCAGAAGGGGGGAAUGGACAAGAGGAGAGACUCUUGAGAUGGGAAGAGUUGGUAUAAUUCCAUCAGGCUUGUCAUUGUUGAUCUCAAGGUGGACAUGCUGGAGUUCUGCAGGGUCAAAUGCUGAAGCAUGUUAGUAUGGGAUGAAGGGCAGAGUCUUGCAGGACCAUAGUUUUUCUUUCCAAAGGAGGCUCCUCUUUUUAAAAAUUUUCUUGCAAUUGAUGUUAUUUCUUAAACAGCAAAUAAGUUUAUGUGAGUUUGGAAAGGGCAGAUGCCUUAAAAGCGCAAAAAAAAGCAAAUCUAGUGAUCAGUGAAUGAACCAAACAGUGGCCUUUUUUUUUUUUUUUUUUUUUUUUUUUUUUUUUUUUGCAAGAAGCUUCUCUUCUAUGUUGGAGACUCGGGAAGGGUGGUUGCUUCAGUCUCGAGCUAAUUUUUCCCUGUAGUUAGCUAGAAAGCCAUUAACCUGAUCGAGGUCAACCUUCUAUGAAAGUGGUCUAAGUUUACCACUGGAGAAAGAAGUGGUCAAAGCUCCCCCCCAGUGUAUGUACCAUUCCUCAACAGAGACUGCUGAGAGAUGUAGUCGAUGGAAGUUCAGCAUUUGAUUACAUCAAAGGUCCGGACUGCUCACAGAUCUUCCUGUGAAUGGGAUCUUCAUUGUGUUGUAUCAAGAUGUUUGCUGUUCCUCUUUCUGAAAAAGUGAAGCAAUCUUUGGCAAAAGAUGGUCAUUCUGUAUUUGAAGCAUUUUAAUAAAAAGUUAAAAAAAAAAAAAAAAAAGGCUGCCACUGAAUGAACUAGUCUAGUCUUGGUGUCUCACAUGGGCUAACCAAGGUAGCCCAAAAGACCUGGGGCACUCAAGUCAUUUAAAAAAUAAAACCCAAGUGCUUUAAGUCAGUUUGUCAACAAGUAUUAAUUUAUAAGUAUUAAAUGCCUAUCGUAUAACUGGCACAGUGCUUGGAAUAUAGACAAAACCCCCCUGAAAACCAAAGCUUUUGUACUCUCAAGAAACAUGUUCUUUUGGGAGAUAGUUAGGCUUUUAAGAGUGUACAGGAGAAAUGUAAGGUAGGAGGGCAGAACACCAGCUCUUGGGAAGGUCAGGAAAACCACAGGUUCUUGUGUAGAAGUUGAUUUCUUGAGCUGGAUCUUAUGUGACUAAGGAGAUGGAGUGUGUGUGUGUGUCUGUGGGGAACGGGGAGAAGGCAAAGGCGGAGAGAUGGGAGAUGGACUGAUGUGUGUGAAGGACUGAGAAUGUGAAAGAACAUUAAAGUGAAACAAAUCUGGAAAGUCGGGGAAAAAAUCCAAUUGUAAGAAUAGGGAGCCUCUCUGGUCCUGGGAGAAUCACAGCAGCAAUGUAGAUGCUGAACUUAUAAGAGGGAUGAGAUGUGAACCAGGGAGACAUUCAGAAACUAUUGGACCAAGUCAGGGAAGCCAAGAUGGGGCUGAAAGUAAUGAGAUGGCUGGCCAAAUGGAAACUUUUAAAAGGAUAUUGAGGUAAAAGCAGCAAGGUUUGGCAACUGAUUGGAUGUGUGGGAUGAAAUUUGAGGUUUGCGAAAUGGUGCCUUGGGCAUUAGGUUGCCAUUUUACAGAUGAGACAGGCUCAGAGAGGUUACGUAAUCCCCUCACUGAUCAUAUUUUUCAAGUGCUGGAGCUGGGAUCUGCCCAAUGCCAGCCCUCCUGUCCCCUAUAAGGAGGUGUUUGUUUUUUAUAGUACUACAGGUUAAGUGCAUCUCCCUGAAAUUGUAGGGGGAGUAUUGAGGUGCUUAAAUCAAAGGUAAGGAGGGUCUUAAUGAAGCCUGGAGUGUGUCCUUAGUAAUUAUGGGUGAAAGGAUUGCUCUCUGUGCUCAGGGGAGAAGCAGGACAAUUCAUAAGAUUCUUAAGCUUUGUCCAUGGGAUUAAUGCCAAAUAGAUAUCUUGACCUGUCGGCACA